ACACCGCGAAGGGUUCAAAUCGGAAUCGGUUGGAGGAGGCGGUGAAUAAUGGUCGCUCUUGAUCUCGAGCCCGGGAGAGAGAUGGAUUUUUAGUCUGUUUUCCUCGUGUUGAAAACUGUUGAUGGUCUUUCGUAUGCUGAAGUGAAACAAACUCGUGCCGUAACAAUCUGCCGUGAAAAAGUGAUCAAAUAUGGAAUCUGUUAAAGGUCCUUAUAUUAGGCCUGAGGGCAGGAGAAGCCAGCGGUUGAAAUCGGUUUCAGAGAGUUCAACAAAUGACUCAGGAUACAGUUCAGAAGUGUUUACAUCCCCUGAGUCUUCGAGGGGUUCAUUGAAUCUUGGUGUCCCUGCUGAGACCUCUGUUAAAGGGCCUUUAUCAUUUGAUGGUCCUGCAACAAGAGCGAGAUUGGCAAGUACCCCCUGUGAGAGUAGCAUCAGGAAGAACCAAAGCAUAUCAUUUCCCUCACCCUGUUUAGAUGCCAUAAAAAAAUCAUGUUUAUCUAUGGACUCAUUAGUGAGUGGAACCUCCACAGCUGAGAGUGAAGUUGAGAUAACCUCUACAAAGAUGAGCGACAGUUCACUGAAUGCUGUUAAGGGUCAGCAGUCACUUAAGUCCCAAAGAACAAAAUUUAGUUCUAAGGCUAGUGUCACAGAAAUGCCUCUGUUGAAGCCAAUAUUGCGAGCAAAGAAACCUGUGAAUAUAUUGUUAAGGAUUCUCAGAGAAGCUGAUUAUCUUCUGUAUGAAGUGCUAAAACACCUCUGUCCCCAAGAUCUCAUUAAUGUUAGCCAUGUCAAUCGUCAACUGAGGAAUUUUAUUCUUGGUCACAAGGAACUGAGUAUCAUUAUUACAAAAAGAAGAAAGGAAUGUGAACGCAUUGGAAAGGAAAAUCUCAAGCUAAAGAGACUUGGUGAAGGAGCUGGGACGUCCUUUGUCAAGUUGUCUCCUCGUAAACAACUGGGAGAAAUUCAAAACCAACCAGCUUGUGAAAAGAAACCGCCUGCAACAGUUAGCUGUCCAUCUCCACCUCUGUCGGAUAGAUUUAUUGAAGAAGGAAAAAAGCUGCCACAAGGAGAAGAACUCCAGAAAUGUGUGAAGUGCAAGGCACCUGCAAAAGUCUACAAGGCUGUUUUGCGAGCUGUGUGUUCCAGCAAGAAUUGCCUUUAUGAGUAUUGCAUGAGAUGUUUUCUCCCCGUUCAUCGAAAACCCCAGGAAUGCUCAGUACUUAAGCCAAGGGCAAGGAAUGGUGCUGGUAUGUUCUCCAAAAAGUGCAAAAAAAACCUGCGGAGAUUAUGAUGUUCUUUCUUGUAUAUUUUAGAGAAAAAAAUAUAUGUAGUGCAAUUUGUAAUUAGUGUCCAUAUGUGCAUAGAUAAAUUAUAUUUAGAUAUGGCUCAUUUGUAUAUAGUUGUCGUCUAUAUAGAUUUUAUAUCCCAUUUACUCUAUUGAACAGGUUUUAAAGUAUAAAAAAAAAUACUGCGGUGCUUACUGUACAGUAGAAUAUAUUAUUUUUAAGCAGUUUUAAGUCUUGGAGGGAAUAUUAUGUAAUGUUUUUUAUAUACCCAAGACAUUAAGAAAUAAAAGGUACAAGUGCGUGUAUGUAUUGCAUUAGAUUUUUAAUCCUCAGUAUAGUUUAUUUGGAUGUAAUCCAAGUGUGUUUUGCAUGGUAUGAAUGUUUAUUCCUUUUUAACCUGCAUGGAAAAUUUGGCAAAUCCCUGUUCUAUGCUUGGGGAAGUGUUUUUCAUUGUAUGAGUUAAGUAUGAAGAGACAGAGUGUAAUUGACUGUAUGUGUCUAGAAAUGAAUGAUUUAAUUCAGAAAUGUUCACACUCCUUAUCCUGUCAUUUUCUGCAUUAAGCUAUUACCAAUUUUCCUUGAAAAUAUAUAUGAAAAGAAAGAAGGCCUGAAAAUGCAAAUGUUUCAAAGCAGUCAUCUUCAUGGGUGGCUUUGCUUGAAAUUUAAAAUGUAAAUAUUUUCUUAAGAAAAAAAUAGAUUGUGAAAAUUCCAUUUAUUUCUGUAACAUUUGUGAGCUUGCUACAUAGAAGUAGAAAUAGUCUAAAACAGGGUACCACUUAUUACAUAACUGACAAUAUCUUUUGAUGCCUGCUCAGUCCUUCAUAGAAAAUUUCAAUGUUAAAUGAGUGCAAAUGAAGCCUGGUCACUGCAAACAGAUAAAGGUGAUAUUUUUCAAAGUUAAAAGAAUGAAAUAUUUAUUUUUGCCAUGGUCAAAGAAUGAAAUGUUAUGUGUAAAGGUAUCAUAUAUUUUUACAUCUUCAUCUUUUAUUAUAAGUCAGGAUAUAUUUUGUUCCUUGAUGGCAAGGUCAACAAAAUUUUCAAAGUUUUUUCAAAUCAUUUUGUUAACUGAAUGAAUGAUUUUGAGGUCAGUAUAUGUGCAUUUAUUCUAAGGGUCCUUACUGUAUUGUGUUCAUUUAUUUUGUAAGGCUUAUAUUUAUUCACAGUAAAUCCAUUACUUAUAAUUAGCCCAAUUUCAUGCUCAACAAAGUUGUGAUAAUUAAAAGUAAUGUAUUUUGAAAAAAUAAUAUACUUUUUUUUUUUUAAGAUAAUAUUCGGUGACUUGGCAGAGAAAAGGACAUAAUUUAUUUUUUUGUUAACUUUAUGUUGUACUUCAUGGAGAUGACUACAGGGUGCCAUGACAUGACAGCACACCACAGACAGUAGUAAUUUACAGGGUCUUUAUAUUGUUCUUUAGGUCCCAGCUGCAUUGCUGUCUGCCUUUUAUUUUUCUGUAGUUCCUUGUGGUCUCAAAAUCCUACAGCACUUUCCAAUAUUCACAACUUCACCUUACUUUUUUUU